CAAUAUCAAUAAAUAUCGCAAUCAGCGAACAAGAUCCUAAGGAGGAUUAGACUGGACCAAGCCCAAAGCAUGGUCUCAUGUUCAAGGUGUCGCCCAUUAGAAUGUCAAUGUCUGGCUGGCAAUUGGUAUAAAAACUGCAGUUGCUCUUCGAAGGGCAGACAGUCCAAGUUUGAACGCCUGAAGAUGCAAUUGCAAUUGAAUUUCCCUUUUGCCCUGUUGUUGUUGAUGCUGCUGGGAUUGAGCCAUGCCCAGCCGACGUACAUCAAGUGGGGUGAGCUAGUGGAGCACAUACCCACAGCAGUUUCUCAUCAGAGCUCGACUGUGGUGCACAGCAGCGUGCCACAGCGCACUCCACUGCUGGCACCCGCAGUGCGUAGCUUUGUAGUCUCCUCGCUUCGCCCAGCUCCGACUGCCUACGUCCACAGCCAUGGCCCCUUGGGGUGGAGUUACCUCUACGCUGCCCCCGCCACCGCCACCGCCACCGCCAAGUUUUAUGGAAAUUGAAUUUUCGAUUUGUGUUUAGCAAUUCACAACAACAAAGCAGAGCAAAGAAUUUGAGCACACAAUAAAAGAGCCCACGCCAAAA